UGGACGGCGGAGGAGGACGCCACUCUCUGCGAGGAGGUGCGGCGCAACAGCAGCAGUUCUGGCGGUGCCCGGUGGGAGUCGGUCCGCCAAUCGCUGCCGGGCCGCAGCGCCGACGCGGUGAAGAACCGCUGGCGGCGGUUGGAGAGGGCCGGCGGCAUCAGGGGUCGCGGAUCCGUGAAGGGGGCGUGGUCCGAGCACGAAGACGCGGUGCUGCGCGAGCGGAUGACAGAGGGCAGCACCGGGCGGACGGCAUGGACGGUCAUCGCCUCGAGUCUGCCGGGCCGCAGCGGGAAGCAGUGCCGCGACCGGUGGCACAACCAUCUCCACCCCGACCUCGUCCAGUCGCGGUGGACGGAGCAGGAGGACGGCAUCCUCCUCGAGGCGCACGCCGAGCUCGGCAACAAGUGGGCCGAGAUCGCGAAGCGGCUCCCGGGCCGCGCCGACAACGCGAUCAAG